CGGCGCCCCGCCCCCGCGGGCGGCUCCCGGCACUCUUAACGCGCCCCAGUGCUGCGUCCGGCCUUAGCAGUUGCCGGCAGCUCCGCUGCGCUGCGUCUCCGCGUCCUCGGCCUCCCCACCCGCCCGUUCGCCCGGCCGCGCCAUGGAGGCCUACCAUAAGCCAGACCAGCAGAAGCUGCAGGCCCUGAAGGACACAGCCAACCGCCUGCGCAUCAGUUCCAUCCAGGCCACCACGGCGGCCGGCUCGGGCCACCCCACGUCAUGCUGCAGCGCCGCCGAGAUCAUGGCUGUCCUCUUCUUCCACACCAUGCGCUACAAGGCCAUGGAUCCCCAGAGCCCUCACAACGACCGCUUUGUGCUCUCCAAGGGCCACGCAGCGCCCAUCCUGUAUGCCGUCUGGGCUGAAGCCGGCUUCCUGCCCGAGGCAGAGCUGCUGAACCUGAGGAAGAUCAGCUCUGACUUGGACGGGCACCCUGUCCCGAAACAAGCUUUCACCGACGUGGCCACGGGCUCCCUGGGCCAAGGCCUCGGGGCCGCUUGCGGGAUGGCCUACACCGGCAAAUACUUGGACAAAGCCAGCUACCGUGUCUACUGCCUGCUGGGAGAUGGGGAGCUGUCAGAGGGCUCCGUGUGGGAGGCCAUGGCCUUUGCGGCCAUCUACAAGCUGGACAACCUCGUCGCCAUUCUUGACAUCAACCGCCUGGGCCAGAGCGACCCCACCCCGCUGCAGCAUCAGAUGGACGUCUACCAGAAGCGCUGCGAGUCCUUCGGCUGGCACGCCAUCAUCGUAGAUGGACACAGCGUGGAGGAGCUGUGCAAGGCCUUCGGGCAGGUCAAGAACCAGCCAACGGUCAUCAUUGCCAAGACCUUCAAGGGUCGAGGCAUCACAGGAAUAGAAGAUAAGGAGUCUUGGCAUGGGAAGCCCCUCCCCAAAAACAUGGCUGAUCAGAUCAUCCAGGAAAUCUACAGCCAGAUCCAGAGCAAAAAGAAGAUCCUGGCAAAACCCCCUCAGGAGGACACCCCCUCGGUGGACAUUACCAACAUCAGAAUGCCCACCCCACCCAGCUACAAAGUUGGGGACAAGAUAGCCACCCGCAAGGCCUAUGGGCAGGCCCUGGCCAAGCUGGGCCACGCCAGCGACCGCAUCAUCGCCCUGGACGGGGACACCAAGAAUUCCACCUUCUCAGAACUUUUCAAAAAGGAGCACCCAGACCAAUUCAUCGAGUGCUACAUUGCUGAGCAGAACAUGGUGAGCAUCGCCGUGGGCUGUGCCACACGUGACAGGACGGUGCCCUUCUGCAGCACCUUUGCAGCCUUCUUUACGCGGGCCUUUGACCAGAUUCGCAUGGCAGCCAUCUCCGAGAGCAACAUCAACCUCUGCGGCUCCCACUGCGGCGUGUCCAUCGGGGAAGAUGGGCCCUCCCAGAUGGCCCUGGAAGAUCUGGCUAUGUUUCGGUCUGUCCCCAUGUCAACCGUCUUUUACCCAAGCGAUGGGGUGUCUACAGAGAAGGCAGUGGAAUUAGCAGCCAAUAGAAAGGGCAUCUGCUUCAUCCGGACCAGCCGCCCAGAAAACGCCAUCAUCUACAACAACAACGAGGAUUUCCAAAUCGGACAGGCCAAGGUGGUCCUGAAGAGCAGGGACGACCAGGUGACUGUGAUCGGGGCUGGGGUGACCCUGCAUGAGGCCUUGGCUGCUGCUGACCUGCUAAAGAAAGAGAAGAUCAACAUUCGCGUGUUGGACCCUUUCACCAUCAAGCCCCUGGACAAGAAGCUCAUUCUCGACAGUGCCCGUGCUACCAAGGGCAGGAUCGUCACCGUGGAGGACCACUACUAUGAAGGUGGCAUAGGUGAGGCAGUGGCCUCUGCAGUAAUGGGCGAGCCUGGCGUCACUGUCACUCGCCUGGCUGUCAGCCAUGUGCCAAGAAGCGGAAAACCAACAGAGCUGCUCAAGAUGUUCGGCAUUGACAAGGACGCCAUCGCGCAAGCCGUGCGGGGCCUGGUCACCAAGUCCUAGUGGGGGGUGUGGGGUACAGCGUGGGAGUGAGUUCUACACAUUCCUGAGAUCCCGGCAGAGGUGCUCAAAGAUGUACCAAGAGGAGUCAUAAAUAUAUGUUUUGAGAAAAAUGAA